GCAUGGUCCCCUACUCAGGUCUGUCGUUCUUCACCUUUGACACAUUGAAGCAGCUGUUGCUGGAGAGCGGUCCGCGGAUGCUCCUACAGCACGGAGGCGAGACGGACGACCGGGCCCUGCGCGCUCCCGUCAACCUGGUGCUGGGAGGGGUGGCCGGCGCCAUCGCACAGACCGCAUCGUACCCUCUGGACGUGACUAGAAGAAGAAUGCAGCUGGCUGUGCUGACAUCCAACGCUGAACAGUUCAGUGGGUGCGUAAAGACGCUGCUGGCGGUUUAUCGGACGGACGGCGUGAAGCACGGGUUGUACCGCGGGAUCAGCGUGAACUAUCUCCGGGUCAUCCCGCAGGUCGCCAUGUCCUUCUGUGUGUACGAGAUGUGCAAACAGCUACUCAAGAUGGAACAGCCAGCACAGAACAAAAACUCACAACAGCCAGCACAGAACAAAAACUCACAACAUCCAGCACAGAACAAAAGCUCACAACAUCCAGCACAGAACAAAAACUCACAACAUCCAGCACAGAACAAAAGCUCAGACUUGCAAAACCCUGCUCAAAACUUACAACAAAACCCAACACAAAACUCCAAACGCUCCUGACCACUGUUGUCCAACUGUGGGUUUAUAAAGUAACCCACAUACCAGACAAUGGGCACACCUGCACUCGAGUUCCGCCCACCCCUGGAUGUAAAAUGGACCGGUCUAAUCACCCCUGGAUGUAAAAUGGACCGGUCUAAUCAUCCACAAGGCAACAAAGGGCCAGGAUCUCAGCACCAAAUGGCAAUGCCGCCCACCAGCAUCCCAGCAUCUGCAGUUUCUAAGUACUAAGAUGGCAUCUGCAAUGUCUGAUGACCUGAACCUAGAUGGCAUCUGCAAUGUCUGAUUACCUGAGCCUAGAUGGCAUCUGCAAUGUCUGAUGACCUAAGCCUAGAUGGCAUCUGCAAUGUCUGAUGACCUAAGCCUAGAUGCCAUCUGCAAUGUCUGAUGACCUGAACCUAGAUGGCAUCUGCAAUGUCUGAUUACUUGAACCUAGAUGGCAUCUGCAAUGUCUGAUGACCUAAGCCUAGAUGCCAUCUGCAAUGUCUGAUGACCUAAGCCUAGAUGGCAUCUGCAAUGUGUGAUGACCUAAGCCUAGAUGGCAUCUGCAAUGUCUGAUUACCUGAACCUAGAUGGCAUCUGCAAUGUCUGAUGACCUAAGCCUAGAUGGCAUCUGCAAUGUCUGAUGACCUAAGCCUAGAUGGCAUCUGCAAUGUCUGAUGACCUAAGCCUAGAUGCCAUCUGCAAUGUCUGAUGACCUGAACCUAGAUGGCAUCUGCAAUGUCUGAUUACUUGAACCUAGAUGGCAUCUGCAAUGUCUGAUGACCUAAGCCUAGAUGCCAUCUGCAAUGUCUGAUGACCUAAGCCUAGAUGGCAUCUGCAAUGUCUGAUUACCUGAGCCUAGAUGGCAUCUGCAAUGUCUGAUAGUAAACUGGAGAACUCAAAAUGUCAUCAUAGGAUUUUAACAAUAGGUUGCUUUUUAGGAUGUGCAGGAUAUUUUAACAAAGAAAAAAGAUUUUAACUGACACGACACCUAUUAAUAUAAAGGAGUACCAUCCACAGCUGAAGCGGCUGUUGCCAGUAUUGAAGUAUUUAUAUUUAGUAAUUUAUUUGUUCUGAAUGCCUGCAGCAGUAUUGUACUCAAGCUGCUGUCUUCUCAAAUAAAACUAUAAAAAAUUUAUUUUACUAAAUGCAAAGUUGUAAGAGAAUCCGUUAAGAAGCAAUACAAUAAUGUAGAGAUGUGGGCAGAAUGAAGAAAUCUUAGCGCUACUUCUUAAGUGCUGACAGGGACUAUAAUGAUGUCAUUCCCGAAACUUGUGAUAACUUUGAAUGGGUUAAAAUAGCCUUUUAUUCGUUCUAGUUUCACAGUGAAAGUAAAAGAUUGAAUGUCAAAGUUUUUAGUCAGUACCUUUAUAAAUGUGUAAUUCAUUUAUGCCAGUGUAUUGUUGAAAAAAAGGACAUUUUCAUGA